AGGCGGGAUCGAUGGAGCCGGCCGGUCGCUGCUUUUUGUACUACGCUUACGGCAGCAACCUGCUGCGGGAGCGGCUGCUGCUGAAAAACCCCUCGGCGGUGCUUGGCGCCGUGGCGCGCCUGCAGGAUUAUAAGCUUGAAUUUGGCCAUCAUCAAGGCAGGACAAGCUCUGUCUGGCAUGGAGGUACAGCUACCAUUGUUCAGAGCCCUGGAGACGAAGUGUGGGGAAUAGUGUGGAAAAUGAACACUAGCAAUUUAAGUUCACUGGAUAAGCAAGAGGGAGUUGAAGGUGGCAUUUAUGUCCCAAUAGAAGUCAAUGUUCACACUCAAGAAGGAAAGGUACUCACCUGUCGAAGCUACCAGAUGAAGGACUAUGUCUGUGGGCCCCCUUCUCCUCAGUACAAAAAGGUUAUCUGCAUGGGUGCAAAACAGAAUGGCUUGCCAACUGACUAUCAGAAGAAAUUAGAAGCUAUUGAAACUAAUAACUAUGCAGGGCCAGUGCCAAUAAUGGAAGAGAUUGAAGCUGCUAUUAAAGCAAAGAAAAUAAAUUCUGCAUAGAAUAUCUCUGCAUUUGCCUGACCAUUCACCUUGAUUUAAACACCUCUCCUCCCUGUGUUGAUCAGCAGUUUAUUUAUCAGGAAGAGAUGAGUUUUGCUGUGUGUCUACAGUAAGCCAUUAGACAUGGUUUGCAGUCUGAAGACACAUUGUCACUGGUAACUAAUUUGUUUGUGGAGCUUGAGUACAUGCCGAAGGUUUUUGCAGGUUUAGAAUUCUCUUUCUGUGAGUGUGAUGCAGUGCUGCAUGCACACUUGUGCUUUCUGUCCUGUUUACUGACCUUCUUUAUAUGAGGAUGGCCAUGUUGAUGAGUAUUGGCAUCUGUAGUUGCCUUUUGGGGAAUUAAGGGCUGCAGGAUCAGGGCCUUUGUUUAUGAAUGCUUUACAUAUAUAUCAAGAAUUUAAAAGAUUUGUUAGGUGCAAAGUAGACUCAAAACUGUUAAACCAAGACUAAACUUCUUCCACUGCUACUGACUUAAAGCCCAACUAAACCAAAACUAAACUGUGAGGCCUGUAGUGAUAGGAUGAGGGGCAAUGGUUUGAAGUGAGAGCAGAGCAGAUUUAGAUUGGAUGUGAGGAACAAGUUCUGUACCAUGAGGGUGCUGGCACACUGCAACAGGUUGCCCAGGGAGGUAGUUGAGGCCCCAUGCCUGGAGAUAUUCAAGGUGAGGCUCGACAGGGCUCUGGACUACCUGAUCUAGUUGAGGAUGUCCCUGCUUACUGCAGAGGAGGUUGGACUAGAUGACCUUUGGAGGUCCUUCCAACCCAGACCAUUCUAUGAUUCUUCCACUGCUAAUUCUCUAAUGAUUUAAAGUUCAUCCUAUCUGAAGCUAGGAUUUCCUGCUUAUAUAGUU